UGGAGCGGAGGAAGGCUGCGCACACUCUCUGUCUGCAGGAUUAGAACGUGGUUACCCCAGUCAACUUUCUCUCAAGUCGUCGGGGCAAAGAGGAAGAAAUACGAGGAAUAAGAUAAACGACUGGAGUGGUUACCCUCCUUCUCCUCCUCACACGGUAAAUUGAAUGAAGGGGCUCUUUCCGACUCGAAAAGCAUGAAGCAAGCUCAUGUAGCCUGGGAAUUGAUUUAAUAUACCCGUCCCGUCCUUGACUUCGUUGUUGUUUUUGACGGAUACACAUGUGUCGGGAAUGCUACCAUGGCCACGCCGAACAGCCUUCAGCAGCAGCAGGAUUACUUCAGAAGCGUCAGCAACGAAUCCACAACGUAUAUGAUGGUCCCGGCCACGGCAAACACGCGUCGCGAUGCCGCGCCAUCCAAGAUGUGGAUCGCAAUGGUGGUGAUUGUGGUGAUCGUUCUACAGAUUGCCUCGACCACCGGACUUUUCGUGUACCUGAAUAUGUCAGUAUCACAGGUGCGUAGCCAGGGUGUAACAGAGGAGCUGAAGUGUCUCAGUCUGUUAAAUGCUCUGGAUAAAGACCAAGACAUCCCAGAGAACCUGGCUCAGCUGUUUGGAGAGCCCUGCAUCAAACUGGCCGAGGGCAUCAAGGCCUACAUCUCUAAGGUGACAGAGAACAUAAUCUCAAAGCAGACGUUUCAAGAAGCGAGAACGUUACCUCACACCUUCAACACUUCGGGGUCAAAGUUCGCUACCUCUGUGCCCCAGCGGCCGUCAGCCCACCUGACCCUCAGAGACAGCAGCACUCAAGGGUCUCCCAUGUAUCCCACCCCCCAGCCCGACCUCCACCAAUCAUGUCGCCACCCAGUCCGCUCGUGGACCAAUCAGAGCUUCGGAGCCCACCUUCACAACAUGACCUUAGCCGAUGGGAGGCUGCGUGUGCCCCAGGAUGGGCGUUACUACAUGUACUCUCAGGUCUACUUCCGCUACCCUUCGCCCAGUGAAGGGGACCAGCCUACAGCCAGUCACCAGCUGGUCCAGUGUGUCUACAAGAAGACAUCCUACCUGCGGCCCAUCCAGCUGUUGAAGGGCGUAGGCACUAAGUGUUGGGCCCCAGAGGCAGAGUACGCCCUCCACUCUGUCUACCAGGGAGGGCUGUUUGAGCUGAGGGCCGGGGAUGAGCUCUUCGUCUCUGUCUCUUCCCCCACCAUGGUUCAUGCAGAGGAGUCAUCAAGUUAUUUUGGGGUUUUCCGUUUGGAUCUGUAAAGAUGGAUGGAGGAGAGAGAGAGGGGAGACCACUGCCAGAAGAGGGUAUGGGGUGAGAUGAAAAGGAUAGGGUGAGGAACGGAGGCAGCGUGAGGACACUGCCAGAGUUAGGAAUUAGGGGGUGAAAGGAGGGAUUUAGAGGAGAGGAGGAGGGAAGGGUGAGACCCCAAUGACUAACUCCCCCAUUCUUUCCAAAGUGAAUUGUAAAUAGAUCUGUAGAUUCUACAUGUGAAGGAGGGAGUUAUGAACCUGAAAACAUUGGAUGGACAUAGAGGAUCAAAAGACAGAAGAAUGUAUUCAUUUAUAAUUUACAUCAUAUAAUGUGGAACUAUGGAACAGAACGGUAGCAGAGAAAAAAGGCAAAGAAAUGUAUGUGAUGAUGUGAUAGCCAAGAGUGGUGCAGUAUGCUCGCUGUAUCUGUGCCAUUUAUACACACAUGACAUACUGCCUGUAUAGAAAGGAGUUGAGCACAGAACUAGAAUGAGUUAUAUUCUAAUCAUUCUAUUUCUGUGAAGUUGACUGUCUGUUCCAAAGGUUCUAACUGGACAUUCAGGCGGUUUGGGAAAUUAGAACAAAUACUAAUAUGUUGUAUACAAGACCAUUUAGAGAAAGAAGAAGAGUGGAUGACUUUUGCUCGCUGCAUUGUUUUGGACUUUUAAACUUUGGAUGUAAGACAGUUUGGAAGAGGACUCUGUUUUGUUGUUGUUUAAACGACAUUGGACACUGUUGAACACAGUUAUGGAUUGAAUAAAGGAGAAGAAGAGGAGGAUAAGGAAAGGGCAGGGGAAUGGAACAGACAGUACAAAGAAAGGACAGAGAGAGUGAAAGAGGGGUAUGCGGCCCUACCAGUCUCUUAAGUAAACUUUGUUUCUCUUGCUCUCUCUUUCUUUCUCUCUUGCUCUCUCUCUCUGAAAUCUCUCUGGAAUCUCUCUCUCUGGAAUCUCUCUGGUCUCCACCUGUCUGUCCAGUGUAACCUGUGGAACAGCAUACUGAUGCCGGGAAACACACACACACACACACACACACACACACACACACUGUCGGACCUACUUUAAGCCCAUGCCAGUCAGCAACAAUUGGCAGAAAGUAAACACACUUUAAUCUAAACACAAACCAUACACAGCACAGCAUGGCUCCCUGCCCUACAGACACACUUCACUUCUCUCUCUGAGACACACACACACACAACGCCUCCCUUUGUCAGUGCACAAGCGGAGGCUGUGUGUGUUUGUGUGUCUUCAGUGUUCAUUGGCUCCGUGGUUGUAUCGGAGGAAAGGUUAAACAAACAUACAGUAGGGUUUGUUUGGGGGCGCGCCUGCCAGCUUUGUAUUCUUUGUUUUACAGAGAAACAUGCAACACACACAAACACUUUCUCUCUCUCAAAGAGGAACACAAAAUACACCCACACACACAGUCAGACACACGAGAGGGACGCCGCGGAACACGAGACACAUGCAGAAAAACACACAAACACACAAGAGGGACUCCGCAGAAUACGCAACACAUUCAAAUGCAUAGACAUACACAUGAUAGGGACUCGGCAGAAUAUGCAACCCACACGUCCACUCUCUCUCUCUUACACAUACACACGCACACACAUAACACACAAAACUGGGUGACGAUUAACCACCUCUUCCAAGAAUCUGUGGUGGGUUGUAUCUGUGUUUAUAGUGUAUGUACAGGUGUAGGAUCUUAAUUUGAUCCAGCUUUCUAAUGCAGGAACAUAAUCCUGCAGCAACAGUAAAUGUGAAUUAUUCUAAUUAUAUUAUAAUUCUUGGACAUUUUUGUGGGGGGUUUUGCGGGGGAAAUUACAAACUUCAGAAGUCUUUUUAAACCUCAAAUACACAACAAUUUAGAAAUUUCCUGCACCCGCAAAUUAAGAGCCUCCAUCUGUAUAGUUCUUAUACUGUGUAAACUUGAGGGAGAGGGUGGAGACACCAAGUGAACCAUAAAUUGUUAGUUUUUUUCACAAGUGUGACAGCCGUCUUUAUUUGUUUGGUUGCUGUUUUAAUCCUGUCACUUCCAACAUUUUUUUUACUUUGAUCAAGUUUGCUCACUGGACCCUCGCUCACACAUAUAGACACUCCUACUGGUUGCAAAAAUAUGCAUUUUUACAAUCUAGCCAAUUUUGACCCUGGUAUUGCUACCAUCAAUGUUUUACCAACUGUGCCACACAGGACCCCAACAUGUAUUUUUUUGAAAAUCUGAGAAUUUGGGAAAAUAACCAAUUUUGCAACCAUAAACAAGACAGAGUAUGUUAUAGACACAUUGUUCCCCAGCAUGUUCCUCUUUGGGUUGAUAUAUCAUUGUUGUUCUGUUUCAUACAGUGUAGUACAACACACACACACUCAGGGUUUCCCAACACACAAUCUGACAACAGUUAUGAACAUGGACCUAUAGGCUUAGAUACAACACACACACACACACACACACACACACACAUUGGAGCUGUACGUUUAUUACAUACAUAUUCAGUCCAGCAAAUACAAUUUAUUUACUUUGUAGCAUGUUGGUUAUGUGAAUAUGCCAUUUUUGUGUGUUACAGAACAGUGGUUCCCAAACUUUUUAUAGUCCCGUACCCCUUCAAACAUUCAACCUCCAGCUGCAUACCCCCUCUAGCACCAGGGUCAGCGCAUUCUCAAAUGUUGUUUUUUGCCUGCCACACAUACACUAUGUGAUACAUUUAUUAAACAUGAGAAUUAGUGUGAGUUUUGUCACAACCUGGCUUGUGGGAAAUGACAAAGAGCUCUUUUUAGGAACAGGGCACAAAUAAUCAUAUAAUAAUAAUCAAUCAUUUUGCUCUUUACAUAUAAAACCUUAUUUGUUCAUUGAAAAUUGUGAAUAACCCACAACAGGUUAAUGAGAAAGGUGUGCUUGAAAGGAUGCACAUAACUCUGCGAUAUUGGGUUCUAUUGGAGAUAAUUUUAGUUUUCAUGCUAGUGAGGGAAUCCACUCUCACAUAGGUACGUGGUUGCAAAGGGCAUCAGUAUCUUAACAGCGCAAUUUCAAAAGGCAGGAUACUCUGAGUGCAGCCCAAUCUAGAAAUAGGUGGCUUCAUUGGCUUCUGAUUAAAUUCAAUUUUCACAGAACAGCUUGUUGCAAUUUCGAUGAGACUCGUUUGUUCAGAAGUAAGUGGACUUGAGGCAGGACAUGAAAGGGAUAACGAUCCAGUUGUUUCUGUCAUCUAUUUUGGGGAAGUACCUGCAUAAUUGCACACCCAAUUCACUCAGGUGCUUCGCUGUAUCACAUUUGACAUUGUCCAUAAACUUGUGUUCUCACAAAAAAAUCAUACAAUGAUGGAAAGUCCUGUGUGUUGUCCUUAAUAAAGACAGAGAAGAGCUCCAACUUCUUAAUCAUAGCCUCAAUUUUGUCCUGCACAUUGAAUAUUGAAUAUAGUUGCGGAGAGUCCCUGUGAUCCUAGAUUCAGAUCAUUCAGGUGAGAAAAAACUUCACCCAGAUAGGCCAGUCGUGUGAGAAACUCGUCAUCAUGCAAGCGGUCAGACAAGUGAAAAUCAUGGUCAGUUAGGAAAACUUUAAGCUCAUCUCUCAAUUAAAAAAAAAAACGUGUCAAUACUUUGCCCCUUGAUAACCAGCACACUUCUGUAUGUUGUAAAAGCGUUACAUGGUCGCUGCCCAUAUCAUUGCAUAGUGCAUAAAAUACAUGAGAGUUCAGGGGCCUUGCUUUAACAAAGUUAACCAUUUUCACUGUAGUGUCCAAAACGAUUUUUAAGCUGUCAUGCAUUCCCUUGGCAACAAGAGCCUCGCGGUGGAUGCUGCAGUGUACCCAAGUGGUGUUGGGAGCAACUGCUUGCACGCGCGUUACCACUCUACUAUGUCUCCCUGUCAUGGCUUUUGCACCAUCAGUACAGAUGCCAACAUGAGCAGCAGCUCAUGUUGUUAGUGGAAUUCCUGUGGGAGAGUUAAUGUAAUUGGAUGUUAAUUAUUUGACUAAGCUACCUGUAUUUGACAUUAUGUUGUUUUCGCUGAACACUAGCUGGUUUAAUUUUAUUUUUGGCAGUGAAAUGAGGCUACUCAUGCGAGUGGAAAAAACCUCACCAAAAUGUAUAGCCCCCGUUGGAAAAUCUAAAUGGACUGUUUGAAAAUGUGAAGAAGAAAGAAAUGGGGUCGGGGGGUAAAUACCCGCUAUAGAUGAUUUGCACCUUGGGUCCUGUGUGUGUUUGUAUAUGUAAAUAUGGCUUUGAAAGCCUGAAUUGAUACACUAUAAUCAUAAAUGUAAUCACUGCCAGAUACUAUGUUGGUUACUUUCAAAAUCUCUCCCUGUCCUUGAAAAAGAUACUGCGUGCAGUUCAGUUGUAAAAUUACAGGUUUGUUUUUUUUGUUCAUGGGAAUAUGGUUCGGUGAACUCUAGGUGUGCAUGCGUGUACGCAUGGGUGUUGAGAGAGGUGUAGCAGCUGCACGUGUAAGGGACGGGUGUGAAAUGUGAUAAAGACAGAUCUUAUUCUACAUAGCUAUACUGCGCUCUCUGUGUCAAUCUCUCUCUCUCUCUCUCUCUCUCUGUCUCUCUGUCUCUCUGUCUCUCUGUCUCUGUGUUCUGUGUGUAUAAGAGAAACAGAGAGAGGAGAAAACCGUUAUAAAACCAAAGGGCACAUUCUCAGAACAAAAGGUGUAUCGUUUUUUUUUUAAAUAAGUUUUUACAUGCUUUAACCACACGUUCUCUCCUAGGCUGUGUCCCGAAUCGCACUCUAUUCCCUACGUGUGCAACUUCUGACCAGGCCACCAUUGGCCCUGAUCAAAAGAAGUGCACUGAAUAGAAAAUUGUGUGCCAUUUGGUAAACUAUCCUUUCCUACACUCCUUUUACAAAUGUUGUUCUGUUUUAAUCUCGUUUGAUAAUGAUAGGACACUUAUGGAACGUAUGUACACAUAUACAAUGUAUUCUGAUGUUCCUUUGACUAGGAUGUUAAAUGUGUGUUAAAUAAAGUGCUGAAUACUGGUAA